GACAUGGAGAAAGAGAAUACAACAUUAUGGAUAGAGUUUGUUCUCACAGGACUCACAUACCAACAGCAGUGGAAAAUUCCCCUGUUCCUGCUGUUCUUGGUGAUUUAUCUCAUCACCAUUGUGGGGAACCUUGGUCUGAUCACUCUCAUCUGGAAUGACCCCCACCUUCACAUCCCCAUGUACUUUUUCCUUGGGAGUUUAGCUCUUGUGGAUACGUGGUUAUCAUCCACAGUGACACCAAAGAUACUGUUCAGCCUCUUAGCUAAGAGCAAUCUGAUUUCCCUAUCUGAAUGCAUGGUGCAAUUCUUUUCAUUCGUGCUGUGUGCAACCAUGGAAUGCUUCCUCUUGGCAGCAAUGGCCUAUGACCGCUAUGCAGCCAUUUGUAAUCCUUUACUUUACCCAGUGGUUAUGACAAACAGACUUUGUAUACGUCUGCUAGUCAUGACCUUUGUAGUUGGAAUUCUUCAUGCUUCAAUUCAUGAAGGCAUGUUAUUCAGAUUAACCUUCUGUAAUUCCAACAUAGUACACCACUUUUACUGUGAUGUUAUGCCAUUGUUAAAAAUUUCCUGUACAGAUCCUUCUCUUAAUUACUUAAUUGUUUUUAUUUUCUCUGGUUCAAUUCAGGCAUUCACUAUUUUGACUAUUCUUGUCUCUUACACACUUGUUCUCUUUACAAUUUUAAAAAAGAAAUCUGUCAAAGGCAUAGGAAAAGCCUUCUCUACCUGUGGAGCCCAUCUCUUGUCUGUGUCUUUGUACUAUGGCUCUCUUCUCUUCAUGUAUCUGCUUCCUGCAACUCAAAAAGUUCAUGAUGAAGACAUGAUGGACUCUGUAUUUUACACUGUCAUAAUUCCUGUGCUAAAUCCAAUUAUCUACAGUUUGAGAAAUAAGCAAGUCAAAGAUUCAUUGGCAAAAUUCUUAAAAAGUGUUUAG